AUGGUCGGCAACGAUGAACGAGGAGAGUCUGCUCAGAGGAAAUUAUUGCCUGGGAGUGCAAGACCUGCUGCAUACGGAACCUUGACAGAUGUGGCUGCUGAUGAGCAAGAAGCCCUAGCAUCCCAACUGCGAGUGGAAGAUGUGAAGCUGUCCUUCUUCAGCAUCUUUAGCUAUGCAACUUGGCCGGAAACUGCCCUUAUCGCCAUAUGCACUGUAUGCGCGAUUGUUGCGGGUGGCUUGGUGCCAUUUACACCGCUUAUCAGUUCGCGGAUUAUCCUCGCCUUUGCCAGGGCUGAGUCUAACGGCUACAGUGUGAAACCACUGUUGGACAAGUAUGUGGUAUACUAUGUUUAUAUCCUUAUCACAGCCCUGGUAACAUGGUUUGUCUCGACGGCUGGCUUCAACUUCGUGGGAGCUAGAGUUGCACACCGAAUCAAAAUGCACUACCUUGCAGCAGUCUUGAAGCAAAAUAUGGCGCUUUUCGACGACAAUGGAUCUGGUGAUAUCCUUUCCCAUCUCACGGACGACACGAAGGCAAUACAAAACGCAAUAUCCUCCAAGCUGUCACAGACCAUCAGCGUCUUUGGCACAUUCAUCACUACUAUUGUGGUGUGUUUCAUUCUUGAUUGGGUCUUGAUGCUUGAAAUGAUUUGGUCUUUUGCACUGGGCUAUGGAGUCCUCUACUUUGGUGGCAAGUUAACCGUUCUAUACAGCGGUCGCAGCAUCGAGGCGUCGUCGGCCGGAUCAGCUGUGGUCGAAGAGGCCCUCGGCUCUAUCAAAACGGCAACCUCUUUAGGCAUGCAGCCAUAUAUUCACGCAAAAUACAUGAACUUUUUAGCGCAAGCGGCCAAGCACGGUUUCGUUCUCUCUUCACUCAACCAACUCCUUCUCACCAUCUGCAUCGCAAGCGGCUAUUUCAAUGUUGCGUUAGCAUUUUGGCAAGGUUCAAUUCGACUUACAGAAGGAAAAACGUCUUUUACUUCAAUUGUAGCCAUCUCAAUGAUAUCCAAGUCUGCUGCCUUCUGCGUAUUGGGUGUUGGAUCAAAUUUGGAAGCAUUUGCUGCAGCUACAGCUGGAGCCGGCCGCCUUGCAAGGAUCAUUCAACGCGUGUCAUCAAUAGAUUCAUCUUCGGACCACGGGUAUAUACCAGAGCGCUUUGACAGCACUUUAGAGCUUCGUAAAGUGAGGCACAUCUAUCCAUGCCGGCCAAACGUCGUCACAUUGAAAGACGUGAGCAUCAAGUUUCCAAUGGGACAAAUUACAGCGGUUGUAGGGCACUCCGGAUCCGGGAAAAGCUCUAUCUCAAAUCUUCUCUUACGCUUCUAUGAUCCCCUGGCGGGGCGUAUCCUCUUGGAUGGAACAGACCUGUCACAUUACCAGCUUCGUUGGCUCCGUCAACAGAUCGCAGUCGUGAAGCAGGAGUCGUUCAUGUUUAAUCGGUCCAUCUUCGAGAACAUUGCCUGUGGAUUUACCGGGCCUCGGUGGGAAACAGCCUCUUCGCCUGAACGGGAACGAGCCGUAUAUAAAGCUGCCGAUAUAGCUCAGGCAAGUGAAUUCAUUGACCAGCUGCCUCAGGGAUACGACACAGUCGUAGGUACACGUGGCUCGAGACUCUCUGGAGGCCAGCUCCAAAGGAUCGCUAUUGCUCGAGCUUUGGUUAGAGAUCCUCGGAUUCUUAUCCUAGACGAGGCGACUUCAGCCCUGGAUAGCGAGACAGAAGCCAAGCUGUUAUCGACCAUGGCAGGAAAAGACAGCAAGAGGACCACCAUAGUUAUUGCCCAUCGCCUCUCCACAAUCCGCAAUUCGGAUAAUAUCAUUGUUCUCAACGCAGGCCGGGUCAUCGAGAGCGGAAAGCACGAUGACUUGCUAGCUGCCAAAUCCUUUUAUUAUGACCUGGUGCAGGCACAGGAUAUAGGGAAUAAAAAUCGGACGUCUACAUCAAUGAUUCCUGAGACAGCCAAUGUUACCCCUACUCAUGAAAGGGACGAAAGUCCACCUGCCACUGAAGUGGUUCACAAAGUUAUGGCAGGUGAUAACGAUGCAAAAUCAAGAUUUUCGUCUUCGCUCUGGUCCAUGAUCUUAUUUAUUUUCAGGCUCAACGAGGGGGAAUCGCAUUGGCUCAUUAUAGGACUUAUCUGCUGCAUCGCCGUGGGGUUUGAAGAACCGGCAUCUGCGGUUCUUUUUGGUAAAGCUAUCACGUCCAUCUCCCAACCCCUAGACCACGCAGACAAGAUCCUAUCUAAUGCAAGUUUUUAUGCAUGGAUGUUCUUUGCUCUGGCGGUUGUGAUGUUGAUAGGGUUCGCCGUUCAAGGGGUUACUUUUGCCUUCAGUUCAGAGCAUCUCACGAAACGAGUUCGGUCUCUCGCGCUCAGCCAAUACUUGAGAAUGGACAUAUCCUUCUUUGAUAAGAAAGAAAAUUCUACGGCAGCCCUUUCUGGGUUCCUCUCCAACUCUACCAGUAACCUGACAGGAUUGAGUGGCAGCGCUCUGGGCGCCAUCCUUAUCUGUAUCUCUUCGCUUGUUUCUGGAAUCAUUGUUGGAUUUGCACUUGGAUGGAAGCUAGCGCUUGUGUGUUUCGCGGUGGUCCCCUUGAUGAUAGGAGGCGGGUAUUUUGGCAUUAUACUUGUUGGAGACUUUGAGAGAAACAAUGAGGUCUUUGCCAAUAGAGCUGCUGAAUUUGCUGGAGAGACGCUCAAUGGUAUCCAGACUAUCGCUGCUCUAACCCGGGAGAAGGUUGCACUGGCAGAGUUUGAGGCAAUUCUCAACAGCACUAAAAAGGAUGCUCUAGGAGCAAAUCUCAAAGCGUCCUUCAUGUACGCCUUAACCCAAUCAGCUUACUAUGCCUGCAUGGCUCUCAGCUUCUGGUAUGGCGGUCAGCUCAUCCUUAGUGGAGAGUAUACCCUUUUCCAAUCGAUCGCCGUCCAGUCUGCGAUGCUUAUGAGUGCCAUCUCUGCGGGUUUGGUAUUCUCCUGGACUCCGAAUAUCGGCCAGGCAAAGCAAGCUGCCGCAUCUCUGCAGCGCUUGUUGACACAAAAAUCGCCUAUAGACCCAUCAUCCCCUUACGGAGAGAAACUGACCCCAAUGCGCGGUGACAUCGCCUUUGACUCUGUUAGCUUCUCAUAUCCUUCACGCCCAAAUCACCGCGCCCUAGACCAAGUGAGCUUCAAUAUCCCAGCAGGAGCAAACGUGGCCUUUGUCGGCGCCACUGGUUCCGGCAAGAGUACUAUUAUCUCAUUGAUCGAGCGCUUCUAUGACCCUAUUGAUGGAACAGUGUUUGUUGACUCCAAGCCCAUCCGGUCUCUCUGCCUGUCAGAGUACCGCAGUCGCAUAGGGCUGGUUAGCCAAGAGCCUAACCUCUUUAGCGGUACACUGAAGAUGAACCUGAUCCUUGGACUAGGUGAAAAUGAAAAGCCAACAGAUGAAGAAAUAUAUAAUGCCUGUCGUGAAGCUAAUAUCCACGACUUCAUCAUCAGUCUUCCUGACGGCUACAACACAGAAGUAGGCAGCAAAGGCAACCAACUUAGUGUUGGCCAGAAGCAGCGUGUCGUUCUUGCUCGAGCUAUCCUUCGCCGACCCAGGAUCUUGCUACUGGACGAAGCCACGUCUGCCUUAGAUUCACAGUCAGAAGCAAGCAUUCAACAGGCUCUUGAUAAAGCUAAACAGGGGCGUACGACGAUCACUGUUGCUCACCGACUGAGCACCGUCGUCAACGCAGACCGGAUCUAUGUUAUGAGUGAUGGCCGCAUCGUCGAAGCCGGGACCCACACACAACUGAUAUCCCUUGGGGGCGUAUAUCAAAGGCUUUACCUAGCUAGCAAGAGCGGACAGGCCCUUUAG